UCGGCGUUCCGACAAGCAUACCUAGGAGGCCGCUGGAGCGUCGCCCGUCGCCACUUCGAUCAUUGUACAUGGACGCAAAUGGCAGAUUGUCGGAAAAAAUGAAGCUUUUGCAGCAAUGGCGGUUCACUUCGCAGCUCAGUAAAAUCUUUCCAAGCCCGGGGCUUGCUGUUGCUGGGGCAUGACCAUGUCCGAAGUCCUCGUAUCUCGUUCAACCGGUCACAGGGAUUGGAGAUAGUUUAGCUCUGAAAAAGUUGUGACAUAGGCUUGAUGCGGAGGACGACGUCUCUCGGACAAACGUGGCCUCUUGUCGUCGGAUGGAAGAGCUCGAAGUUGCGAUUCUCGACGCUCCGUCGGACAACGACGAGCCGCCCGGACAUCGUCGCUGCCAACAUCUUGAUCACGCAGCACGCGAGGGGUGGCCAGCUGGACGUCGCGCGGCGCCUGUUCGACGAAAUGUCUGAGAGAACCGUCGUCUCGUGGAACGCCAUUAUCGCCGGUUAUUCCCAGUGGGGAAGGUAUGGGGAAGCUCUUGGUCUUGUCUCGAGCAUGCAUCACGGCGGUGUGAAGGUCAAUGAGACCACUCUUUCUACGGUACUGAGCGCCUGUGCGAAUUCUCGCUCGUCAUAUGAUGGGAGGCAAGUCCAUUGCCUUGUUUUGAAAUCGGGUUUUGAGGAUUUCGAGUAUGUAGGGAGUGCAUUGAUGUAUUUCUAUGCUAAUUGCUUUGAGAUCGAAAAGGCGAAGCGGGUUUUCAAGGAGUUUCGAGGUAGUAAUGACUUGUUAUGGAGUGUACUGCUUGCGGGCUAUGUGCACUGUGAUCAUAUGGACGAUGCCUUGGCUCUGUUCAUGGAGAUGCCUGACCGAGGCAUUGUUGCAUGGACAACGUUGAUUUCUGGAUUUGCAAAGCGGGUCGAUGGCUGUGAGAAGGCUCUUGAGUUGUUUCGGUGGCUGAGGGAGACUAAUGAGGCGGCACCUAAUGAGUUUACUUUCGAUUGUGUUUUGAGGACUUGUGGUAGACUGAGAGCUCAGAGUGUAGGUAGAGUUGUACAUGGUCUGGUGGUAAAAUCAGGUUAUGAGUGUGAUCAAUCUGUUGGCAGUGCAAUUAUUGAAUUUUACUGUGAAAGUGAAGCGAUCGAUGAAGCAAGGAAGGUUUAUGAAAAGAUGGCGCAACCAAGUUUAAGCGCUUCGAACUCUCUAAUUGGGGGACUGAUAUUGGCGGGUAGAAUUGAAGAUGCUGAGCUGAUAUUCAGCGGGUUAACUAUAAACCCAAUUUCAUGUAACUUAAUGAUUAAAGGGUAUGCUAUGAAUGAUCGAGUUGCGGAUUCAAAAAGCUUAUUUGAGAAGAUGCCUAUGAAGACAUUAAUAUCUAUAAACACCAUGAUUUCAGUGUAUUGCAGGACAGGUGAAAUUGAGAAGGCAUUGGAGCUUUUCGAAGAAGUAAAGGGGGAGAGAAACUCGGUCACAUGGAACUCAAUGAUAUCUGGUUAUAUUCAGAACAGUAUGCAUGAAGAAGCAUUCAAAUUAUACGAGACCAUGAGGAGAUUAGCCAUACAUAGAACCAGAUCAACUUUCUCUGCUUUGCUGCAUGCUUGUUCAUCUCUUGGAUCUCUUCAACUAGGUCGACAACUUCAAGCACAGUUGCUUAAAGCAUCAUUUGAGUCGAACAUAUAUGUAGGAACAUCACUUAUUGACAUGUAUUCCAGAUGUGGGUGCAUUGAUGAUGCUCGAGUAUCAUUCGCCAGCAUAUCCUCACCCAAUGUUGCUGCUUGGACUGCUCUUAUCAAUGGAUAUGCACAUCAUAGGCUUGGCUCUGAGGCAAUCCUUCUCUUUGAGCAGAUGUUGCGGCAAGGGGUGAACCCUAAUGCAGCUACUUUUGUUGGAAUUUUAGCUGCUUGUGGCCAUUCUGGUCUGGUUGACAAGGGAAUGAAUUUUUUCCACAUGAUGAAAGAUUAUGGAUUAAAACCCAACCUGGAGCAUUAUGCAUGUGUUGUGGAUCUUCUUGGUCGAUCAGGUUAUCUGAAGGAAGCUGAAGAGUUUAUAAAAGAGAUGCCAAUUGAAGCUGAUGGGGUCAUUUGGGGAGCUCUGCUUAGUUCAUGUUGGUUCUCCGGAGAUGUGGAAAUGGGUGAGAGGGCAGCUGAGAAGAUGUUUAGUGUAGAUCCUAAAACAGUAUCUGCUUUUGUUAUUCUUUCCAACAUUUAUGCAUUAUCGGGAAGAUGGAAGGAGAAGAGGAAGGUGAGGAAGUACUUAAGAGGUUUGGAAGUGAAAAAGGAUCCUGGGCGAAGCUGGAUUGAACUCAAUAGCAAAGUUCAUGUAUUCUCUGUGGAAGAUAGGAUACACCCACAAUGUAAUGUGAUUUAUUCUACAUUGAAGCAGAUAACAGCAAAUGUCAACUCGUUUGUGAAUCUUGGUUUUGCUUAAUGACCAACUCAUAAGAGUCACCAGUGGAUACUCUGUGACCUUGCAUAAUAGCUUUCUGAAAUGUUUAUCCAGUGAUGAAGAAUGUCACCGGGAGGCUCACCAGCAGCUUGUAAGGGAAAAGAUGUCCAUUUUCGCACCCCAUCCUAAAAAAUAUUUUGACCUUUCUUUGUUUCUGUUCCACAAAGCAAAUUAGCUGAGUGCUGCAACAAAAGAGGUAUUUUUUUUUCUACUUGUUCUCUGUGUGCCUUUUUGGUGUCAAUUGUUGCAAAAUCACUUCAAUCUGGUGAGACUUACUCCCUCAUUAGUUUUUUGGGGCAGAAUUUCUACUUUUGUUCUUUUUCUUGUAUGCCUUUUCACUGUCCGUUCAUCCAGUUGUUUGUGAUUAGGGAAUUGGCCUAGAAAGAUGGUUUUGUGUCCAAGAGCCAAAGCAACUUUAUACUGUCUGCCGAGAUGCUUUCAUUCACUAUAUGUUUCAUCAUAAAAACCCCGCUCGAAGGUGUACACAAGCAUCACCCUUGCCCCUGCACCUGAUAUGCCUCCAGAUCUAUGCAAGAAACUAAACACUGUUUGAUCUACGGUGAGAACCAUAAGGUGUUCUGUUAGGAGUAGCUCGGGUUUUUACAGUUUAAUUUUAAUUAUGUUGGUUUUUCUCUGUUUUUUAUCAUGGCUUUCUUUUUUGCAUAAUUUGUUACUUAUCCAUUGGAUAAGGUCUUCUUGAUUUAGGCUCUGCUGUACUGUGCUGGGAAUAAACUUCGAAUUUCAUGAGCCUUUAUUUUCUGUCUUCUUAUUCUUUUCAUUGUCUUGUUGUUUCUUCAGGUUAAUAGUUAAUGUGAGUUAAGCCUUUUACCUGAUUUUUAUGUCUGUUGUUUGGUCAAGGUUGUCCAGAAGUAAAAAUAUACUUAUGAUAAAAAAAAACACUGUAGAGGAGUCCUAUGUUUCUGUUCCAAUCUUUUUCUUGAUGGACUGAGGCAUCAUACUUUAAUAUACUGUAGUGUGCCGCACCCAUUCUAUGUCAUUAUCAUGGUUCAGUAGCUCUAAAUGUAAUUUUUCUGCAUCGUUACAAUUGUUCACAUUGAUCUUUCCGUCGCCUGUUCAUUUGAUUUUGAGUCUUUUGCAUAGAACCCUUUUCACAUUACUGUCACCACGAAUUAAUCCUUCAAAUCUAUGAAAUGGUCUCCCAAAAGUGUCCGCAUAUUGUCUGCAUAUAUGAGGAAAAAAAAUUGUAAACUUCUAACAUGUUUAUAGAAACAAAAAAAGCGUCAUGUUUCUUUAAAGUGGAGAAUCUUGGCUUUGCCACUGUAAGUAGUAUGAUCUAAACAUGUAGUUUGGUUUCUGUUAUUGUUUCCCGUCAUGUGUGGUUAGAGUAUCUUGCUGGAGUGGCUUACAUGAAAUUUGACGCGAAUUCAUCUAUUGAGAUAGGCAGCGUUGGCAUCAGAGGGUCAGUAUAAUGAGAAAUCACCUACAUCCUCCCCUGCAUGCAGAAAGUAAACACAAAACUUGGGUCAGUUGCUAUUGUUUUCCCAUCCUUUCCAUUUUCAUUUUUUUUGUAGUUAUAUGUUGCCGGGAGGCAAAGUCCAAUUGCCGUGUGGAACAUCCUGGAGUUCAGAAGCUUGCAAAAUGUAAAUGCUGAGGUCUCCCAAGUCAAAGAUCCCAUGAUAGAUAGCAUCAAGUGAAUUGGGGCUGCUGGUCUGUUUUACUGGUGCCAGUGCAAAAGAUUCUUAAUUGUGGAGAGAAGAUUGAGUUGCUGGUACAUAAAUUGAGAAUCUUUGCUCUGAGGUUGGCAAAGUGUAGAUUAUAUGUAAAUUUUGGCAACCAUGACUGCUGCGAAAAGUUUUUGGACAAUUUAGCAAACUUUUGUUUUUUUGGCCUCAACAGAAGUGAACUUGUACCUGCACUGGUCCAUCGAUCUGUAAAAACUCUAACCAUGAGCGUCAUUAACUUAAACAAACUUUCAAAUUUCUUCUUUUGUUAUCUUGGGUAGCUUUUUUGAAGGCUGAAAGACAGUGGAUUAUAUUGCUUUUGUGGGA